UCAACGUGACCCCGUGACGUUUAACGUGAAAGUAGCCAAUCCCCAUAAACGUUUUCUGUAUCUUGUGAAAGCUACAGUCAUAGAGGAGCAUAUACUGGCUACAGUGAACACGCAACUGCAUGUCCAGAAUGUCAUUGCAUUUCAGUCAAAGGCUGAAGUCAGUCUGCAGAUUGCGAAUAAUUCAGCAGCAUAUGAUGUCCUCUCAGGCGGGGUCGGACGUGCUGCUGGAGCGCGUGGGGAACGCGGGCGUGAUCACGCUGAACCGGCCCAAGGCCCUGAACGCCCUCAACCUGUCCAUGAUCAGACAGAUAUACCCGCAGCUCAGAAAUUGGGAGAAGGAUCCGGAACCCCACCUGGUGAUUAUAAAAGGAGCCGGAGCGAAAGCGUUUUGCGCUGGGGGAGACAUCAGAGCUGUAACAGAGGCAGGUAAAUUGGGCGAGUCCCUGGCACAGGACUUUUUCCGUGAGGAGUAUAUAUUAAACAAUGCUAUUGGGACAUAUCAGAAACCGUACGUGGCGCUGAUUGAUGGGAUUACAAUGGGAGGCGGCGUCGGUCUGUCCGUCCAUGGCCAGUUUUGCGUGGCGACUGAGAAGACCCUGUUUGCCAUGCCGGAGACUGCCAUUGGUCUGUUUCCCGACGUCGGAGGCGGCUACUUCCUGCCCAGGCUCCGGGGCAAGCUGGGGUUGUUCCUGGCUCUGACUGGCUUCCGGCUGAAGGGGCGGGACGUGCAGCGAGCGGGCGUGGCCAGUCACUUUGUGGACUCUGAGAAGACCGGAUCAGUCUCCUCAGCUCAGGCUGUCGCUGAAGUGUUGGAAUCCUAUCAGAGCGAGAGCAGUGUGGACAAGGACAAACCUUUCAUUCUGGAGCCGCAUAUGGAGAACAUCAAUAGGCUGUUUGAAGCCAGCAGUGUGGAGCAGAUCUGUGAGAAUCUGAAGCAGGAUGGCUCUUCUUUUGCACAGAAGCAGCUGGAGACCCUUUCCAAGAUGUCUCCCACCUCCAUGAAGCUGACGUUCAGGCAGCUGCGGGAGGGAGCCAGCAUGAGCCUGCAGGACGUGCUCGUCAUGGAGUACAGGCUGACUCAGGCCUGCAUGAGCGGCCAGGACUUCUAUGAAGGUGUGAGGGCAGUGCUCAUUGAUAAGGACCACAGCCCAAAAUGGAACCCACCCACCCUGGAGGGAGUGACAGAGUCAUACCUGGACGACUGUUUCAAACCCCUCGGAGAUCGCGACCUCAGCCUCUAAGCAUGCUCACUGCAGCAAGACACCGCCCUCAGACUCUGAGCAUGCUCACUGCAGAGAGAGACCGCCUUCACGCUCUGAGCAUGCUCACUGCAGAGAGAGACCGCCCUCAGCCUCUGAGCAUGCUCACUGCAGAGAGAGACCGCCCUCAGCCUCUGAGCAUGCUCACUGCGGAGAGAGACCGCCCUCAGGCUCUGAGCAUGCUCACUACAGCAAGACACCGCCUUCACGCUCUGAGCAUGCUCA